CAGUAUGACAACGCCGAACUCCUAUCUAGGUAUGCAUCCAAGGUCGCGAAGGUCGUCAACACUACUGGAAGAGGCGCCGCCUGUGCUCGCCUGGGAAUCUAGUCUCUCUGCGGCAAUCCGUUCCACUACCUACUGCCCCUCAUUUGGUCUCCACCUCCACGCGCUAUGAUACCAGAAAGACGUAUCACAGCAUAUACCUUGCCGCUUCCCCGUCAACGUGCAAUUUCGCGACAAUCUGCACCACACCGCAAUUACAGCUGCACAACAUGAGCGCAUCCCCGCGGAGCAUCAGGCCCAUCGUCUUCACCUCCGACGCCAUCGCCGCAACACCCACCGAAGCCUUCUCAGCCGAUGUUGACGGUGGGAAAGUCGAAUGGAAAACGCUCAUUUCCUCUGGAAGAACGCCGAGCGAUACAUUUACGUCGGGCAUUGCGACAUGCGCACCGAAAGGCGGCCACUUGAAGGCCCAUCGACACACCCAGCCUGAGAUGUACUACAUCAUCCGAGGACGAGGGAUCGUAUCAAUUGAUGAUGCGGAAUAUGAAGUCCAGAGAGGGGCUGUGGUUUUCAUCCCCCGGGAUGCAGAGCACGGAAUAAGAAACAUGGAUGAAGAGAAGGAUUUGGUGUGGUUGUACGUUUUCGCUACCGACAAGUUCGAAGACGUAGUUUAUCGGUUCAGCGACAACAAACCAAAGGCCAGGCUGUAGCAUCUCAGGGCUGCACGCAGCAUGCCUCGGCCGUGUUCAUGCGAGAAUUGGACCUUGCCUUGGACUUGUGGCCAUAUCUCGCGUCUUCGUCCCUUCCCACGCCGAGCGCCGGGUAAACGCGCCAUAUAUUUCCAAGCAUGCAAACCUCUGCACGAACUCCGAUUACGCAUGGAGUAAAGAUUUGAUCUCUAGGCACUAUGUUUGUCGUGGAGAUGGCGCUCCUUGCUCAUGUUUAGUCAUGUGGCUGUUUACUCAACACAACCUUGGAAGGCUCCAUGUGUCCCGUUUUGGUUAGCCUGUUCACUUU